ACCCUAACCCUGAUAAACACAUAAAUUCGGUUUUCGCAUGUUUUCGGGUUCUUAUAAUCAGAGCGACGACGACGGUUGAACAUUUUCCUUUCAUUUUUCUACCAGUCUCUCUCCAACAUGUUGGCAAAGCUCUGGCAGAGAGACGAAAUCCUCUCCUUGAGUUCGGAAAACUUGGGUUAAUGGGUUUUUCGAAAUUAGGUGGAAGGAACAGUCAAAGAAAACUCGUUGUAACUCGUAUUCAUUCUUGUACACUUGUUGUAUCAUCGAAAUUUAGGGCUGACAGACUCGUAUGCGUGUUGUUAGAUGGCCUCGAAUUUCAAGAUGUCUCUUGCUUCGCAACCACUACCGUCAAUGACGAUUCAGUUUGAUGAAAAUACCACAAACUUAAAAGAUCUUCUCUUCGUUGCUCAGACUGUUCUUGAGCAAGCCGUCGACUUACUCGACAACGAUCUAAAAGAAGACGAACAAUUGACAGUGCCUUCCAAGUUUCUGCCUGGAUCAACAAUUGGCAAACAUUUGCGACAUGCUCGAGACCAUUUUGAGCUGCUGCUGAUUUGUAUCACCUCACCGCCACCUUAUGUUCUGAAUUACGAUAGUCGAAGCCGCAACACUCCAAUGGAAACCAGCCGAAAAGCUGCUCGAACAGCUUUACUGGAUACUAUUCGACGUUUACAAACCAUCGUCCCCACCUCUAACUGGAACGAAUCCAUUACUUUGAAUGCUGUCACUCCUUUUCCUCAGACUUUUCAAACAACAUUUGCACGGGAAUUAUGGUUUGCAGGUCUUCAUUGUGUUCAUCACUGGUCAAUGGUCCGGGUAAUCGCUGGCGAAAUGAACAUAAAUGUCGGAGACGAUUGCUUCGGAUUUGCCCCGUCAACUCUGGUCGCCUCUGGUCGCGAGCAUUCAUUAGGCAAGGCAAUAGCCAAGAUAUGACUUUGAACACAACUUCAUGUCGGGACCCAGGAGGAUUGAGUGGGUAAAUCUAGUAUUAGUACUAUAAGGCU